AUGACUUUUAAUUACACACUAGUUCUGAGCUAUGCGCAUUGUCUGUUUUUCUACGCACUGUUCUUAUCGCAGAUUCCAUGUUAUAACUCACUCAGGAUUGGAAUCACACCGUCAGCUUUAACGUACAUAAACUCACACAGUAACCUUAAAGCAUACGAGAAUUCUAAAAGGCUGUCUCAUAAACUGACGCUUCGGAGCUCAAAGGUCGACGAGAUACUCGAAAGCCUGAAGAAUCUUUCACUCCUGGAGACCUCGGAGCUCGUCAGGAAAAUAGAGGAGACCUUCGGGGUAACGUCCAGCGCCAUGCCUCAGCAGCCUCUAAACCUGGUCCCCCAGGCUACCGCUCCCCAAGAGGCCUACAAGGAUGACGAGGAGGACGACAUGGAGGAGCGCCAGAUCGACAAGAAGAGGAAGCACAGCGUGGUGAUCAAGGAUAUUAACAAGGACUUCCUCUACCAGGCCUACAAGGCCCUGAAGCAGUACUACACGAACAUUUCUGCGCUCGAGGUUAAAAAAAUUAUGGAUUCUAUACCGUACACUGUUAAGACAGUUCCCACCAGGAGGGAGGCCGAGGAAAUAGUUAAAAAAUUGACUGCCGAGGGAAUGACGAUAGAGAUAGAAUAA